GAGAGACCGCUCCUUCCGACCCAAAAAGGCCCGAUGUCCUCUCUUCAUCGUUGAUGUACAACCACUCAGGAGAAGAUUACACUUUGGACAUUUUGACGAGACAGGAGGAUCCGCGUGGGACAACCUCUGAGUGAGUCAGACACCAAACAAACUUUGGGGGAAAGAAGAAAGGAAAUGGCAUAAACUCCACCUCCUGUGCUCAAGUUACACUCCCAAACAGGUGAGGUCCCGCCUCCCCUGCCUCUACUGACUGCACGUCACUGGUCUUCACGCUGAUUUCUAUGAAGGUUCAGUUCAGUUCAGUUUCAGUUUAUUUCGAACAUGCAUACGAAACAAUGUAAUGCAUUUCAAAUCACGUCACUUCCUGCCAAUGAGAAAGGACGCAAAAGAGAAAGGCUCCGCUCUUGCUACCGGAGUUUUUUGUUAAAUCUGAAGAUUUUGACCACUGAUUUGCGAUCACAGCCACAGGAAAGUCACCUGGCAUCUUCAAUCUGAUUUUGGUCAGUUGAGAGGCACUAAUACGCUGAAAUAAGGCGAGUUGGGAGAGCCGUUAGACUCAAGCCAAAGGCGCCUUGCCGCAGUUCAAAGCGGUUGCCUAGCAACCAAAAGCUACGGCGAGUUUACAGCUGUUUUAAAGUGAUCCCGACGUCGCAGAGUGAUAUAAGUUGACAGGCUGACACCUCAAAUUGAUCUCUGAACGGCGCGAGAUACGAAAUUGUUGGAAAAAACAAGUUAAAGUGCCGCAAGUCGCUAAAGAAGCAACUGCCGUUAAGACACAAGCAAGAGGCAGUGACGUCAGUGACUGCCGCGAUGCGAAAAGGUAAAGGAAAGAUUGAAAUCCCGAAACCUUCGGGGUCAGCUGUUACAGAACACAACUGGGAACAAGAUUGAGGUUGGACACAGGACAUGAUGGGAAUCAAGAAGUGAUACUACAAAUACUUGAAGAAAUGAAAGAAGAAAUGAAAGAAAUUAAAAAAGAAAUGAAAGAAGAAAUGAAAAAAGAAAUGAAAUAAGAAAUGAAAGAAUUGAAAGAAUAUCUGAGAAAAGUAACAACAGAACACCAACAAGAUGUGAAAAGUCUGCAGGAAAAUAUAGAAAAUCUGCAAUCUCAGAACAACAGUAGAAAUAAUGAAGCCACUGAAAUGGGCAAACGAAUGAAGACCCUACAAGAAGACAACAACAUGUUGAGGAAUAUCAUAGAUGAAAUGGAUCAGGACAAACGAAUGAAUGAUAUCAUCGUGACUGGGCACCGAAUUAAACCAAGAUCCUAUGCGAAAGCUGUGAAUAAUGAAGGUGAACCAGAUGAAAAGGAUAUGAUCUCAGCAGAACAGCAAGUGGUCAACUUUCUGCAAUCAAAGGAAAUUGAAAUUGACAUUAAUACCAUCGAAACAUGCAUCCCACUGAACGGAAGAAACAACAACGCCACUCCAGUCGUGCUCGUGAAACUCAUAAACAGAAAAUCUAAAAUGGCAUUGCUGAGACAGGGAAAGAAGCUGAAGGGAACAAAUGUGUACAUGAAUGAGCAUCUCACAAAACGCAAUGCUGGAAUCGCCAAGAAAGCACGCGACUUGAGAAGGCAGGGAAAAAUCCAGGGAACUUGGAGCACCAACUGUAAAAUCUACAUCAAGCUGAAUGGAGGUCCAGAAGCAAGAGUAAUUGUUGUCCAUGACAUCAAGGACCUGGACAAUUUUUAAAGUUUACACAGCUACCAAAACAACGAUGAUAAUGGACUCUGACAGAAAACAAACACCCAAAUUCAGCAUCGACACUACUAUGUUCCAAGGGACGACUAAACAAGAGGACCUACAUUCAGGAUUGCAUCAACCUACACUUAUUGAGAUUAUUGAAACAACAUCAAAGAUUGUUGAACAAGAAAAUAUGGAACUAAAAAAUUUCUGCAACAAAGAUUACAAAAACCAGGAUUUGGAAAAUGAUAUAGAUCCAGAUACCAAUUUUUUCCCCCACAUCAGUAAUCAUUGUUUUUAUUAUACAGAUGAUCAAUAUAAUAGCAACAUUACAUGCGAUAACAAAUUAUCAAUUAUUCAUUUUAAUAGCAGAAGCUUAUAUGCAAACUACAACAACAUUAAGAACUUUUUGGAACACAUCAACGAACCAUUCAAAGUGAUUGCUGUCUCAGAAACAUGGAUUGAUGAUAAAAAAGGAAUAGAUUUUGAUCUGGAGGGAUAUGAACUAAACUACAUCAACAGAACCAACAAAAAUGGAGGAGGAGUAGCUGUGUACGUGAUGAAGAACCUGAACUACAAAGUGGAUGGCUUAAUUGAUUUCAUGGAGUACGUGGCUGCUCUCAGCCUGGUUCUGAAGGGAGAGGUGCAUCAGAAACUUCGCUGGUAUUUCAAACUCUAUGAUCUAGAUGGCAGUGGCUGCAUUGACCGUGACGAGCUACUUCUCAUCAUUAAGUCUAUUCAUGCAAUCAAUGGAGUUUGUGAUGACACCAAAGCAGAAGAGUUUGCAAACUCAGUGUUUGACAAGAUUGACAUCAAUGGCGAUGGUGAACUGUCCUAUGAAGAGUUCAUGGGUGGGGUUCAGGAGGACGAGAUGCUACUGAAAACUCUCACACAGAGCUUGGACCUGUCACACAUUGUUCAGAAAAUCCAAGGGGAGCUGAAAGCUAACACAUAACAUUUUCCAACAUCUGUGGAAACUAAUGGAAGAGUUGAGGAGGGAUCGUGAAGUAAAUGGCAGCAAGACCAAUGACUUGGAUCCAGUUAGUUGGCUUUACUGUACAUCAAUUAUAAUCAGUGGUGUUGAUGACACAGAGUCAAAGUAAGUGGACAUGCUCUACAGACACUGCACAUGGUAUCAUUGCAUAGCCAGUACAACUUUCUCGGUGUCCACAUUAUUUGUUCCUACCGGAAUGACAUUACUACCUGAACAAAUGGCUUGUGAUUUGACACUAAAUGCGGGCUAAAUUUGUGUUUAGCUAUCGUUGGAAAGAAAUAUUAUGUGCCAGACACAUCAGAAGAAUCAGAAGAGUUUUUAUUGCCAUUGUUUGAGAACGGGUUCACAAACUAAGAAUUUUACUUGGCGCAAUCGUGCAACAUAAAACACAUAUAACACGAAGCAGGGUCCAAAUGGACUGUUAUAACAGAGCUAUAUUCAACCAGUAUUUACAUUUUAAUCCAUUGAACUGUAAUAUAAAUGUUUUCAAGGGUUUUUUCACAGGAGUAAAAUUUCACUUUAUUUUAUGAUGUUUCCAAUUAGCCUGUUCACCUGUGGGAUGUUCCAAAUAAGUGUUUGAUGAGCAUUCCUCAACUUUCUCAGUCUUUUAUGCCACUUGUGCCAGCUUUUUUGAAUCAUGUUGCAGGCAUCAAAUUCCAAAUUAGCUAAUAUUUGAAAAAAAUAACUAAGUUUUCCAGUUUGAACGUAAAGUAUCUUGUCUUUGCAGUCUAUUCAAUUGAAUAUUGGUUGAAAAAGAUUUGCAAAUCAUUGUAUUCUGUUUUUAUUUACGAUUUACACAGCGUGCCAACUUCACUGGUUUUGGGGUUUGCAGUUGUUUUUAAAAAAAAAAUAAAAUAUGCAUGAAAUGUGUAGAAAUAAAUAUGGAAGAAAUAUAACUGAAGGAUUUAAAUGACUAGAUUUCAUGGUGAACAACAGACAGCAACUGCUAUUUUCCAGUGUUCAAGGUUUGGGAACAAACUAGAAUGGGUAGUUUAAAUUAAUCUUUUAAACACUAUUUAUUAAAUAUGUAAUCAGAUCAAUGUGUGGUAUACCUUGCCUAAUAAAAAGUUUGGAGCACAAAU